AUGGCCGCGUCUACCAUGUCCAUCUGCUCCAGCGCUUGCUCUGACUCCUGGCAGGUGGAUGCCUGCCCAGAGAGCUGCUGUGAGCCCCCUUGCUGUGCCCUCAGCUGCUGUGCCCCAGCCCCCUGCCUGACCCUAGUCUGCACCCCAGUGAGCUGUGUGUCCAGCCCCUGCUGCCAGGCGGCCUGUGAGCCCAGCCCCUGCCAAUCAGGCUGCACCAGCUCCUGCACGCCCUUGUGCUGCCGGCAAUCUAGCUGCCAGCCGGCUUGCUGCACCUCCUCCCCCUGCCAGCAAGCCUGCUGUAUGUCCGUCUGCUGCAAGCCAGUCUGCUGUGUGCCUGUCUGCUGCAAGCCUGUGUGCUGCGUGCCUACCUGCUCUGAGGAUUCCUCUUCAUGCUGCCAGCAGUCUAGCUGCCAGCCAGCUUGCUGUGCCUCUUCCUCCUGCCAGCAGGCCUGCUGCGUGCCCGUCUGCUGCAAGCCCGUGUGCCGUGCGCCCACCUGCUCUGAGGAUUCCUCUUCAUGCUGCCAGCAGUCUAGCUGCCAGCCAGCUUGCUGCACCUCCUCCCCAUGUCAGCAGUCCUGCUGUGUGCCCGUCUGCUGCAAGCCUGUCUGCUGCAAGCCUGUGAGCUGCGUGCCUGCCUGCUCUGGGGCUUCCACUUCAUGCUGCCAGCAGUCUAGCUGCCAGCCGGCUUGCUGCACCACUUCCUGCUGCAGACCCUUCUCCUCCGUGUCCCUCCUCCGCCGCCCCGUGUGCAGGUCCACCUACUGUGUGCCCAUCCCCUCCUGCUGUGCCCCUGCCUCCUCCUGCCAGCCCAGCUGCUGCCGCCCGGCCUCCUGCGUGUCCCUCCUCUGCCGCCCCGCGUGCUCCCGCCUGUCUUCCGCGUGCUGCGGCCUCUCCUCAGGCCAGAAGUCCAGCUGCUGA